AUGCGAAGAUGGAAAUUGUGGAGCGGGUGUAGCGCUCUCGAUAAGAGGUCCGGUAUGGCCGUACGGUCGCAGGUUCGAACCGUGCCUCCCAAGCCUUUCAUCCCUCCGUGGUGGAUAAAACUGGAACCAGGCCUGUCGGGGAUGGUGAUCAUUUUUGGCGCAAUAGAUGGAGCGAUCGGCACUGCACUCGUAGGAGGAGUGAUGGGCACUGCGAUAGGAAGUAUGGCGCGAGUUAUACAGCUGGUAGCCCUUCUGUUCUCUGUAAUUCUGCUAGCAACAGCUCAGUUCGGAUAUGGAGGUUGGGGUGGAGGAUUUGGAAUGGGUUCGGUGGUCGGCGCUAUUGAUGGUGCUAUGAUUGGUGCAGUUGAUGGUGCAAUGAUAGGGUCGAUGUUCGGGAAGAAAUAG